AUGGACGCCGCAUCUUCCCUUUCAAAGGGGUCGCUUGAUGUCAUCUUCAACGACCCCGACAAGGCCCAAAAGAUGUUCCCAGUCCCCGUCAUGCAGUGCCUGCAGAUCAAGCAGAUGGCGCCCUCUGCCCAGGGCGGUGACCGCUAUCGCCUGGUCAUGAGCGACGGCGACAACUACGUCCAGACGAUGCUUGCUACCCAGGCAAACCAUGUCGUCCACGAGAACAAGCUCGUGCGAGGCUGCUUCUGCCGCAUCAAGCAGUACACUCCGAACAACCUGAAGGGCAAGAACAUCCUCAUCAUUCUCGACAUCGAGGUGAUCGAGUCCCUUGGUGUGCAGGACAAGAUUGGCGAGCCCGUCGCCGUCGACGUCAAGCCGGCCCAAGAAAGCACCAUCGCCGGCAACGAUUUCUACGGCGCCAAGAAGGAGGAGCCCAAGACACAGCAGCAGUCGAUGCCCUCGCGGCCUGCCAUGCACGCCGGCAGCAACAUCUACCCCAUCGAGGGCCUGUCGCCUUUUGCCCACAAGUGGACCAUCAAGGCCCGAGUGACCGUCAAGUCGGACAUCAAGACGUGGCACAAGGCUUCGAGCGAGGGAAAGCUCUUCAGUGUCAACCUCCUUGACGAGACGGGCGAGAUCAAGGCCACGGGCUUCAACGACCAGUGCGAUGCCUUCUAUGACCUGCUGCAAGAGGGCUCCGUCUACUACAUCUCCAGCCCCUGCAGAGUGCAGCUCGCCAAGAAGCAGUUCACGAACCUGCCCAACGAUUAUGAACUCACGUUUGAGCGCGACACGGUCAUCGAAAAGGCUGAAGACCAGACCAGCGUCCCACAAGUCCGAUUCAACUUUUGCAACAUUCAAGAUCUGCAAAACGUCGAAAAGGACAACACAGUGGAUGUCAUUGGUGUCCUCAAGGAAGUGGGAGAAGUGUCCGAGAUCACAUCCAAGAAGGACGGGCGCCCGUUCCAGAAGCGGGAGUUGACCCUGGUAGACGACACGGGAUACUCUGUCCGCGUCACGGUGUGGGGCAAGACGGCCAACUCCUUCGACGCCAACCCCGAGUCGGUGGUCGCGUUCAAGGGUACCAAGGUGUCAGAUUUCGGAGGCAAGAGCCUCAGUCUGCUGUCGUCGGGGACCAUGACAAUCGACCCCGACAUUCCCGACGCCCACAAGCUCAAGGGGUGGUACGACUCGGCCGGCCGGGCAGAUACCUUUGCCACGCACCAAAACCUGGCCAGCAUGGGCAGCGCCACUGGCCGCAAGGACGAGAUCAAGACCAUUGCUCAGGUCAAGGACGAGAACCUUGGCGUCGACGAUCAGGCGUACUACUCCAUCAAGGCUACCAUUGUCUUUGUGAAGCAAGACAACUUUUGCUACCCUGCCUGCUCGUCGCAAGGGUGCAACAAGAAGGUGGUGCAGAUGGGCGAUGGCAUGUGGCACUGCGAGAAGUGCAAUGUGUCGCACGACAAGCCCAACUACCGGUACAUCCUGUCGCUUAACGUGGCCGACCACACCAGCCACCAGUGGCUCAGCUGCUUCGACGAGACUGGCAACAUGAUUUUCGGCAAGACUGCCAACGAACUCAUGGAGCUCAAGGAGAACGACGAGACACGGUUCAUGGCGGCGUUUGAGGAUGUCAACUGCAAGAAGCUGAGCUUCCGAUGCCGUGCGCGGAUGGACAACUACGGCGACGCGCAGAGGGUGCGAUACCAGGUCAUGAGCGCCUCGCUCCUCGACUUCAAGACGGAGGGCAACAAGCUGGCGGAGCUGAUAAAGCAAUACGACAUGAACUCGUAA